AUGUUCAAUAAAUUCUACGAAUGGAUCGGCUCAGGAAUAGCAAAUCUCCGUAACGGAGCGCCAGCUGAAGAUGAUCCUGGAGUUGAGGACGAUAGUCACUUGAGAAGAAAAAGACCAAUAAACUGCUUGGAGGAUGGAGAAGCUACUGAUCAGGAAGACAGGGUUGUCAAGAGGUUUAGAAUGGGAGAUUUUGUGGACACAGUGAAGAAUGCUGCUGUGGGGGUGAGGACCCAUGGUUCUAGCAUGGCAUCCUGGGUGCGGAAUAACGUUAGUCCGACUCUGAGGAACAUGCUGCCUGCUUCCCCUGGUCCUCCUAAGGAAGUCCCCUCCCUGGAGCCUUUAACUAAUGAUUCAGCGCCGGGAUCCUCGUGGCCUAAAAAUAAGUUUGUGGAGGGGACUCCAAAUACUCUUGAGGAGGAAUUUGUGGCACCCUCAUCUGCUGUUGAAUGGAAGACCAUCACUAAGUCAGACUCACUGAGGGUUGAAAAGUCAGUAAGUAUCUCAAAGGUCGGCAGACGGCAAGUUUGCAUGGGCGUCCAGUCCCGUGAGACACCCAAAACGAAUGGCCACUCUGCUAGUCUGCCCUCCUCCUGCACUCCUAAACCAUGCCCUUCUCCUCGCCUGGGCAGAGCCUUGCACCUCCGACUACUCAGGUCAUCAAGCCUGCACUCCACUCCUGCAGUAAACACAGGAAGCACAUCUUUCACCAGCAUGUAUGAGAGGACCUUUCCCAUACGCGUGGUUCAGAGCCCUCCACAUGGCAGCUCCAACCGACACUGCCGAACCAGAGCCCGCUGCACAGCACAAGAGUCAGUACGUGAGGAGGAGAAGGAGGUGUACAGACAGCUCCUUGCCAUGGUGUCUGGUGGCCAGUCUUCGCUCUUCCAUGACGGGAGCUCUCAUUCCAGCCUGCGUUCGCAUCGAGAUUUCACCAGCUUCCUGACGUCCAGUCGCAGGCUGCUGCAGUGUCCCACCCCCACAGGCUCAGCUCUGGGCGAGUCCUCCUUCGGCUUAUCCAGCUCAUCCCUCAGUCCGCAUCCAGCUUCCAGCCAGGCCUCCAGCACCCUGCCCAGCCCCAGGGCAGGCUCCGGCGGGCUGGAGCAGCAGCCGCAGCCGCCCUGGGCCCCAGACUCCGAGAACAGCUCCAAGGGACCAACAGCCAUACAUUCAGACCUGUCUCCAGCUGCUUUACAGGACACAUCAUCUCAGGACACACAAUCAUCAGCUCAUGAUGGGGAUUCAGUUAUUUUUGUGAAGGAACAGCAGGGCAAGAGGCCAGACAGCUCCAGUAUACCAUGUUUCCAGGCAGAACUUUGGAUCAAGGAACUGACAAGUCUGUAUGACUCGCGGGCGCGGGAGCGGCGGAGGCUGAUAGAGGAGCAAGAGGCUUUGGCAUCACGACUGUUGCAGCAGCGGCUCUCUGGGGAAGGCCAUGUCGGCCCACCUACCGUGGAGCUACAGGUACGGGUGCCCCUGGAGAAGGAGGUCCCUGUAGCUCCUGUUAUUGAGGAGCCAAAGCCUGUUGUGGAGGAGCCAGAGUUCCCAGAGCUAACAGAGGACAUGGAGGGGGAGGUAAGCAGGGCGUUGAGAGGAGGGAGUCAGGAUGAGGUGUUGAGUGAAGGUUUCCGACUCACCAUCACACGCAAAGACCUGCAGACCCUCAGUCACCUCAACUGGCUUAACGACGAGGUCAUUAACUUUUACAUGAACAUGCUGGUGGAGCGAAGCAAACAGCCUGGCCUGCCCUCCGUCUACACCUUCAACACCUUCUUUUUCCCCAAACUGCGUAGCGCCGGCUACUCUGCCGUCCGGCGCUGGACGAAGAAAGUGGAUAUUUUCUCUGUGGAUAUCAUUCUGGUGCCUGUCCACUUGGGGGUGCACUGGUGCCUCUCUGUGGUGGACUUUCGUAAGAAGAGUAUUACAUAUUUUGAUUCCAUGGGUGGAAACAACGAUGAAGCCUGUAGGAUACUGUUAAAUUACCUCAAGCAGGAGAGUGAGGACAAGAGGGGAAAACCAAUGGAUACCUCACACUGGACACUUCAAAGCAAAAAACGCCACGAGAUCCCUCAGCAAAUGAAUGGAAGCGACUGUGGAAUGUUCACAUGCAAAUAUGCCGAAUACAUCACCAAAGACCGGCCAAUCACAUUCACCCAGAAACAAAUGCCCUAUUUCAGAAGGCGAAUGGUUUGGGAGAUCUUGAACCAGAAACUGUUGUGAGCUGGGGCAUUUUUAUUUGUUUGUUUGUUUUUUAUUGGACUUAUUUUGUGAUGACAUUGUGGAGCGCGGUGGGCACUCCAGUGCUCUGGUCAGCUGCAGGAUUCAGUUUGGACCAGGGCCAAAAACAGAGGACAAAACUUCCUCAACUGGUGCUCUCCCAUUGGCCACCCCUCGGCUUACCGUUUCUGUAACGUACCAGUGAAGUGGA